GACGUGAUAAUUCAGUACCAGGCUAGCGGCUGCAGGGUGCGGAGGGACAUCAAAACUGCACAGGCAUCGUUACCAAGGCCCUGUAUGACUGCAGCAAGACAUCCCUACUUCUGAACAUAGACUCCUGUGUGACAACUUAAUCUCCUAGCAACUGAAGAAGAUCAGUGGUCAAGAUGGCAGAGGUGCUCCAAAUGAAAGCAAGCUUCCCCGGUAAGGUCAACCUUCCAGCUGGUGCAGAGGUCAAGGAUAAGGACCAGGCCUUGCCCUACUCUGUGGAAACGCCCUACGGUUUCCACCUGGACCUGGACUUUGUGAAGUACGUGGACGAUAUCGAGAAGGGGAACACGAUCAAGAAGGUUCACAUCCACCGGAAACCGAGAGGCUGUAGCUACACGGGGUCCUGGUGGACGUCCACUGAGUCUCUCUGCUCCAAUGCCAGCGCUGACAGCCGACGCUCCUCAGUCUCGUACUGCGGUCGGAGCAUGUACACCCCAUCCUGUGGCUUUUCAGGGAGCUACAACAGGCCGCCGCCCCUGAUGUCCGGCAAUUACAACGCCAGGGUGGAAAAGACCCUCCUGGAGACCAAGAGGCGGCUGGAGGAGGAGCCCCUGGCGUGCAGAGAGGGCCGGAGGCCCCGUUAUUCCAGCUUGAGCAGCCUGCACAGCAGUGUGGCAGGCUCCACCAGCUCCCUGGCUGGGACAGGCCUGCAGAGCCACUCGGCCUCCAGACUCGCCUCCUACAACGGCUCCCAGAGCGCACCCUGUGGCCAGUUCACUCCGCUGAGCUCGGGCCUGGCUACUCCCUCCACUCCGAACCCAACCCACUUACACAACAUCCGGGAGCAGAUGGCGGCUGCCCUGCGGAGGUUGCGGGAGCUGGAGGACCAGGUGAAGAUAGUCCCUGUUCUCCAGGUGAAGAUCUCUGUUCUUCAAGAAGAGAAGAGGCAACUCAGUGUCCAGCUGAAGAGUCAGAAAUUCCUUGGCCACAGCAUGGGCUUUGGGCCACAGAGAGCAGAGAGUGAGCCCGGCAAAUCCAAAGGGGAGCUGUACAUUGACCUACCCGAAGAGGUUGGCCGCCAAGGCAAAGCUAAAUUGCCCGCCUCUCCUACGCUGCAAAAACCACCACAGGAUAACUUCGGGAAUCUCAAACAUGACGCUCCAAAGCAAAGGAAAGACGUCGGGCCAGGCCUGGAUGAGAGCCCGAGGGGCAAAGUGACCAAUGGAAACCUGGCUGAGGUCAGGAGUGUGGGUGUUUGGGUGCAAGAGAAGGACCUGGGAAUCUCCCCUUCGUCCCUGCAGCUGGAGGUGGAGCAUUAUCGUCACGUGACUGAGUUGCUGACCAAAAAGAUCGCGAUGUUGGAGAAGCGGCUGCGGGAAGCCUCCAGGGAAUUGGAGGCUUCUCACCAGACCAUUGGUGGCCAGAAGAAGGAGAUGGCGGAGAAGGGGCAGCAGGUGGACAUCGGCGCAAUGGCUGGCACUGGAGGACCUGACCCGAGUUGGCCAAAGCAACCGCCAGACCAAUCCAGGGCCUGGACGGCUGCAUCCGAGGCAGCUCCCCAAUCUCCCCAACCCCUUGAGGGCAGAGCUGGCAAGAGGGGAGAUAUUGCCUCAGCUGGUGGCAGGACGGAGCGGUUCACUAAGGUGGCACCGCAGAGGUCAGUGGGCAUGCAGGUCAGCCAUUUUGGAUACCCUCCUAGUGAGCAGGCCAGCAAGGAUUUGAUCCAGAACAGGAAAGAACCAGAAAUCAGCCAGCUGCAGGGGACCCCAAAGGAAACGCCGCAUUCCACAACCCAGGCGGUGCCAAGCAGUGGCCAGCCCCUCCCUGGCCAGACAUUGCUGCCCCCGAAUAAGCCAUGCAGUGGGGCGAGGGGUGCAGCGGAGGCAGCAGUGGCUGAGCAGAGAGUGGGGCCCACCUCUGACCCACCCUUUAAGGAAGUCACGGCCAAGGUAGUGACCUGUACAAUUGUCACAACAUUGGCAGCCACAUGCGAGGAAGUGAACUCUGUGAUGACCACUGCACAGAGUGCGAAGCAGGUGAAGACAGGACCAAGCGGGGCACAGCUCCGGGAAGCUGUAGAGCAGCUCACUCAAGUUUCUCGAGAAGAGCCCAAAGAAGAUUCUGCUGCUCCAUCCAGAUGGCCACUAGAUGUCGCUGAGGCACCUGGUUUGUCCCCCAGCGUUUGUAGCUCUGUGGAAUUACCCAUCACACAGCUUGGCAGCUCAAAGCCAGCAGCAUCCCAGCACCAGCCCUUAGAGGUGGGCACUGUGGCACUGGUGAGACAGGAAGAUUCUGGCUUGUCUGAGGAUGAUUCAAAAAGGCCAGGUUCUCCACAGGGAGCACAACUAAAAUCCAUCAUGAAAAAGGAGAGAGGAGCAAGUCCUGAAAGCCCUCCGGCAAAGAAGAGCCUUCAGUUUAUUGGGGUGAAUGGAGGAUAUGAGUCAACAUCUUCUGAAGAAUCUAGUUCUGAAAGUUCCUCCAGUGAGUCAGAUAAUGAGAGCACGGAGAGUGAUUAUCACGAGGCCAGUGAGAGACUCCCAGGAGAGCAGACAGAGAAAGCAGAAAGCAAAGUGAAGGAAACAGAGAGCACGCAGACACCAACCAGAACUGUGCAGGAAACUGAAGUGGCGCAGGUGCCACCAGAGACAGUGGAGGAGACUCAGAGCAAGAGGACUGUGGCACAGGCUGUGCAGGCAGCAGUGGAGAGUGUGCAGGAAACUCUGACAAAGGGGACUCCAGCAGAGAGUCUGCGGGAAGGCAGGAAUGUGCCAACUCCAGCACAGCACACAGCAAGAUUGGAAAAGGAGGAGAAGGUUCGGUUUAUAGGGAGUAAGGAGAAUGUGAAUGAGAUGGAGCGGAGAAUGGAAGGAAAACCACAGGGAACAGUCAAGGAAGGAGAGGGUGACCCGACAAAGGUCACUCAUCAUGAAAUAACAAGUUCAAAGCAGGAAGCAAACACCAGCACGUUUGAGCUGACUGAGGGCCUGGUGUCAGCCUGCGUGACCCUGCAGAAACAUCUGAACGAUCCUGACAAGUUCACAAACAAAGACGUGAGAGUGAGCUAUCUCACGGUUCAGCAGGAGUGGCUUUUGGUGUCCAGCCCGAAGACAGCAGAUCCCGAGGUGGCACGUCGGUACCUGGCAGUGUUUAAGGCGAUGUCACCGAAUUUACUGGAAUUGAUAGUCAACAUGGCUGAUAGCAAUGGGAACACAGCUCUCCACUACACAGUCUCUCAUUCCAACUUCCCCAUCGUCAGGCUGCUGUUGGACACAGGCGCCUGUAAUUUGGAUAAGCAGAACAAGGCUGGUUACACUGCCAUCAUGCUGGCCUCGCUCGCUGCCCUACAGUCGGCGGACGACAUGCAGAUCGUGAUGCAGCUCUUCCGCCUCGGCAACGUCAAUGCUAAGGCGAGCCAGGCGGGCCAGACGGCCCUGAUGUUGGCGGUCAGCCACGGCCGGGUGGAGAUGGUGAAGGCCCUGUUGGCAUGCGGGGCGGACGUCGGUAUCCAGGACGACGACGGGUCGACAGCGUUGAUGUGCGCCUGCGAGCACGGCCACGCGGAGAUCGUCAGGCUCCUGUUGCAGAUGCCGGGCUGUGAUGUGACCCUGGCGGACAAUGAUGGCAGCACGGCCCUCUCUAUCGCAGCAGAAACUGGACAGAAGGAGAUUUCUGCCCUUCUCUGCAAUCAUCUGGAUCGCAGCAAAGAUCUGAGCCCUAGUCCGGCUCCACCUACCCAGUCACAGACCAUGGCUUCCCCCUCACCAUCUAAAACCCAGCAGUAGGCCCAAGUGCCAUUGUCCAUUCAGCUCCUUGUGCUGUCCAAUGCGGAUGUUCAACAUGAUGGACCUUCAACAGACUGAGGGCAUCUUAGCCCAACACUGGCGCAGUCAGGGGUACCUCAUUCUGCUUGAUACACUGGGCCCCAAUUAUGUUCAGCACUGACAGAGCCUGUCACCGUGGGAAUGAACCUUCAGAGGACUGGACGUGAAAGUGCGAGGUCUGAGGGAAUGGAAGUCAAAGUCCUCGGCCUCUUCCCACAGUGAGAAACCUGCUGCUUUGAUCUGCACAACUAAUCACAAUCCGUCCGUCAGCUUUUUAUAUCAAGGAAAUGUACAGAUGUUGUAAGAGACAGUCAGCCUAUUGUGGCUUCAGUUUGAUUCUGAUCGUCACUGGCACCCUCCCUUCAUCUUUAGCUUGGUUAGCACCAACCACACAUCGUAUCCAACUCAAGGAGCUCCCCUUACCAUUCAUAUACACAGACAGACACACGCACACGGAUACAUACAUACAUACACACACAGACAUAUGCAGACACAAACACAUACAUACAUACACACAGACAGACACAUACCUACACGGCAGACACAGAUACACACAUACAUAUAUACACAGACACGGAUACACACAUACAUAUAUACACAGACACGGAUACACUCAAACAUAUAUACACAGACAUGGAUUCACGUAUAUAUAUACACAGACACGGAUACACUCAAACAUAUAUACGCAGACAUGGAUACACGUACAUAUAUACACAGACACGGAUACACUCAAACAUAUAUACACAGACACGGAUACACUCAAACAUAUAUAGACAGACACGGAUACACUCAAACAUAUAUACACAGACACGGAUACACUCAAACAUAUAUAGACAGACACGGAUACACUCAAACAUAUAUACACAGACACGGAUACACUCAAACAUAUAUACACAGACAUGGAUACACGUACAUAUAUACACAGACACGGAUACACUCAAACAUAUAUACACAGACACGGAUACACUCAAACAUAUAUAGACAGACACAGAUACACUCAAACAUAUAUAGACAGACACGGAUACACUCAAACAUAUAUACACAGACACGGAUACACUCAAACAUAUAUAGACAGACACGGAUACACUCAAACAUAUAUACACAGACACGGAUACACUCAAACAUAUAUACACAGACAUGGAUACACGUACAUAUAUACACAGACACGGAUACACUCAAACAUAUAUACACAGACACGGAUACACUCAAACAUAUAUACACAGACACGGAUACACUCAUAUAUACACAGACACGGAUACACACAAACAUAUAUACACAGACAUGGAUACACUCAUAUAUACACAGACACGGAUACACACAAACAUAUAUACACAGACAUGGAUACACGUACAUAUAUACACAGACACGGAUACACUCAAACAUAUAUACACAGACACGGAUACACUCAAACAUAUAUACACAGACACGGAUACACUCAAACAUAUAUAGACAGACACGGAUACACUCAAACAUAUAUACACAGACACGGAUACACGUACAUAUAUACACAGACACGGAUACACUCAAACAUAUAUACACAGACACGGAUACACUCAAACAUAUAUAGACAGACACGGAUACACUCAAACAUAUAUAGACAGACACGGAUACACUCAAACAUAUAUACACAGACAUGGAUACAC